UGGAUUUAUUUUUUUUUACCAUCAAAGUUAAUCAAGCAAAGUGGUUUUAAAACAAACAAAGCGCAAACUGCUAGAAGGUAUGAUCAACCACCUGUCCUGAACAAAAAGUGGCACAUAGUUACGGUGGUGUAUUGGGAGCUGCUGGAACUCUCUUGUUUGUGAAUAGGUGGAGCCUUUAACAGUAGGGGGCUGAUUCAGGGAUUACUAGAGCCUAGGGAGAGACUGUACAACAGAGGGGAACAGAACACAGCAAAGUUAAACAAGGCCUUUAAUCAAUCAGCUGAUGUUUGAAAGCAAAGAAGAGUCGAGAAAAGGCAGGGUGUGAAUGAUGGCGGCCUGCAGUUUGUAUAGGAAGUUAUAAGUAGAGGAACUAACUGUGCCAGGAAUACGGAGAAGACCUCAGCUGUUCCACAAGCUUAGUCCUGCCUGCCUGCCUGCCUGCCCUGGUUGUUGCCUCCUUCUGAUUGCUCCUUUUCCUCACUGGAGCCAUGCAUCCUCAGCGUCCUCUUCCCCAGGCCAUGCCUUCCUCCUCGCUGGGACAGCACCUGCGGGACAUAGCAAUGGGUCUUGGACGAGGCAAGAACUUCCUGGGAGGAAAUUUUGCCUACAGUUUUAUCCAGUCGGUGAAAGAGUGUCUCUAUUUUCUCCUCUGCUGCUGGUGCAUCAAAGAGAUCCUGGACUGACAUACUGAUAGAGUAGAUCAAGUGGUCAUACAUUGAUUUUCCUAGUGUCUCCGUUGGCUCCUAUAGUGUAAUUUUAACCAGCUUUUAUUUCAUCAGAGAUGAAGUGUUUGAUCAGCGGUGCUGGCAAAGCAUGGGCAAGUAUGAGUCUUCUCUCAUAUGACAACAAACUACCAUUGGAGUACAAAGUAAUGCAACAUUUAUGAGACCUACUACAGUUUUGAAGCGGCAAUUGCAGUGCAGAACAGGAUUACUAAAUCAUAUUUUUGUACAAAUUAACCAAUUUUUCAAAUAUUUUUAUUUCUGUUUUUCAGGUGACUAUAGGAUGCUCUUCUUGGGUUUGCAGGAAACACUUUCACAGUUGCAGAUGCUACGCAUGCUCAUUGUGGGACUGGGUCUGUUCCCUCAUUUUAACCUUGCUGAUCUGAGAUCUGGAGGGA